AAAGUGCAAAGUCAAUAUUUUUCCUAAUCUUAUCAUUAAUAAAACUCGCGAAUGUUUUUAUUAGUUAUCUGAGUGAUCAGAGUCAUGAGAGAAGGAAAAAAAUGCGAGGGAAAACCGUUGGUAUUCAAAUAUUCAAAUUGGAAAAGCGAAUAGGCCUUUUGCCUCCAGAGCUUUCCAAUUGGAAAGUCUGCAGAUUCCGGUGGAGCCAUUCGCAGAGUGAAACCUCUCCAAAUUUUUGGAGCAGUCUCUCCAUUUAUUUCUGCGUCUGAGUCGCUUCUUUGCUAAUUCCUUGCAUCGCAUCUCUCUCGAGUGGAAAUGGCCGAACCAAUUCGUGUUGUUGUGACAGGAGCAGCCGGGCAGAUUGCCUAUUCCCUGCUGCACAUGAUAGCCAAGGGAGAUGUCUUUGGGCGACAGCAGAAACUCAUCCUGCACCUCCUGGACAUCCCGCCGAUGAUGGGCGUUCUCGGGGGAGUUGUGAUGGAACUGGAGGACUGUGCUCUGCCUCUGUUGGUGCAGGUGGUGGCUACAGCUGAUCCAGCGGUGGCUUUUAAGGAUGUGUCUGCGGCCUUCCUCGUUGGAGCCAUGCCACGGAAGGAGGGCAUGGAGAGGAAGGAUCUGCUGUCGGCCAAUGUGAAGAUCUUCAAGGUUCAGGGUCAGGCUCUGGAUCAGCAUGCCCGGAAGGACGUGAAGGUGUUGGUUGUUGGCAAUCCCGCCAACACCAAUGCCUUCAUCUGUUCCCAUUUCGCUCCCAGCAUCCCAAAGGAGAACUUCACGGCCAUGACACGGCUGGAUCAGAACCGUGCUCGAUCCCAGAUUGCCGUCAGAUGCGGAGUUCCCAUUGAGCAAGUGCGCAACGUUGUCAUCUGGGGCAAUCACUCCUCCACCCAAUUCCCGGACGUCCGGAAUGCCACAGUGGCUGGAAAGGAUGCCUACUCUGCCGUGGGGGAUACUGCCUUCCUCCAGGGUGACUUUGUGUCGACUGUUCAGAAGCGCGGAGCUGCAGUGAUCAGUGCCAGGAAGAUGUCCUCAGCCAUGUCUGCUGCCAAUGCAGCUUGCGAUCAUAUGCGCGACUGGUGGAACGGAACCAAUCCCGGAGACUUUGUGUCAAUGGGAGUGCUGUCCGAUGGAAGCUACGGAGUCCCCAAGGACCUCAUCUUCAGCUUCCCCUGCACAGUGAAGAACGGCAAAUGGAGCAUCGUUCAGGGACUGACAGUGGAGGACUUCGGGAAGGAGAAACUGGCCAUCACGGCCAAAGAACUGGAAGAGGAGAAGGCUGAGGCCGUGGUGGUCUGCUCGGCAGAUUGACUAGAUGGCCCCAGUAAAUUGUAAAAUUGCAUGCCAAAAUCUCCGGAAACAAGCCACAGGGUGGUUCAGUUCAGUCGUUGCAACAACGGAAAAUUAUUCACAUAUAAUUAUUAUUUUCUAAGUGGUGCUGGCUCAGUUAUAUCCAUCAUGCACAAUAAAAAAAGUUUUUGAAGGAAAAA